AUGUCUCAAGAGAUUACACACCCCACCAUCGUUGACGGCUGGUUCAGAGAAAUCUCUGAUACCAUGUGGCCAGGUCAGGCUAUGACUUUAAAAGUGGAAAAGGUUCUUCAUCAUGAAAAAUCUAAAUACCAAGAUGUUUUGAUCUUUAAAUCCACUGAUUAUGGUAAUGUCCUUGUCUUGGAUAAUGUUAUUCAAGCCACUGAACGUGACGAAUUCUCCUACCAAGAGAUGAUUGCUCAUUUGGGAUUAAACUCUCACCCAGAACCCAAGAAAGUUUUGGUCAUCGGUGGUGGUGACGGUGGUGUCUUAAGAGAGAUUGUUAAGCACGAAAGCGUUGAAGAAGCUUGGUUAUGUGACAUUGAUGAGGCCGUCAUCAGACUCUCCAAACAAUAUUUGCCAGAGAUGUCUGCUUCUUACAACCAUCCAAAGGUUAAGACCUACAUUGGCGAUGGUUUUGAAUUCUUGAAGAAAUACCAAAACACUUUCGAUGUAAUCAUCACUGAUUCUUCUGACCCAGAAGGUCCAGCUGAAACUUUGUUCCAGGAAGAUUACUUCAAGUUGUUAAACAGUGCCUUGACCGAAAAGGGUGUCAUUACCACUCAAGCCGAAAGUAUGUGGAUUCACCUGCCAAUCAUCAGGGACUUGAAGAAAGCUUGUAGUGCAGUUUUCCCAGUUGUUGAGUACGCUUACACUACUAUCCCAACUUACCCAACUGGUCAAAUCGGUUUCAUGGUUUGUUGCAAGGACAAGGCUGCCAACGUUAAGCAACCACUACGUGAGCUUUCUGAUGAAAAAGAAGCUCAAUUGUACAAGUACUACAACAAGAGAAUCCACGGAGCUGCUUUCACUUUGCCAACCUGGGUUGCCAAAGAAUUGCAAUAA